AUGGCCCGUGGUGUCACCUCCGAGUCUUCAAACUCACCAGAAUCUGACCCUGAUUCAGACUUUUCUUCAGUGUUAUCGCGUAAAACUUCCCCAACUCCUCCAGCAGAGAAUUCCGCUCCCAGUGUUGAGCCCUUUGAAGGCACAAAACGUGAACGUAAGCUGUCAGAUAACGACAAUGACAACAAAUCAAAGGGUUCAGAAUGUUCACAAUCGCAAAAAAAGGAUGUCAGCAAUGAGGAACCAAGCCACCAAGAACACCUCCAGAACACAGGAGAGAUGUGCAUCACUGGAGUGCAACGAGUCGUCAUUACUGUACGUAUUGACGAUUUCCAAGCCAUUCGUGCGACUGAUCUCACUCUUGGUCUCCGACGGAUCCCCGCUGGCUUCCAUGUGGUAAUAAAGAUCGACGGCACUGAAUACCAGACGACCAACAAACCUGUACACGCAGAUCAGGCUGUCGUCGAAUGGAACGAGCACAUACUUCUGCCAUGCGAGCCAUCUUCUACAGUUUGGGUCAGCGUGUAUGCGUCAUUUGAAUUGGGUCCUAUGCUCUGUCAUGGAGAAGAUCUCCGCACAUUCGAGAUCUCUGUCGGAGAAUUAGUGGAUCGCAGCGAAAAAUCGCAUCCCAUAGUCUUUCAGCCCAAGCAGGGGGAAGUCAUAUCCCCGUGUACUUCACUGUUCAUGACACUGGAACAGCGACUUUCUGAUGAAAACGACACCGCAGUUCGCCCCCUGACUACUCUUAAAUCCCGCGACAUGGAUGCGUUAGCACUAAAGACGGAUGCCGGACAUCGUCUUCUCGCACGAUACCGCAGGACGCAGAACAAUGGGGAUCUCGACCAAUCCAUAAAGCACUUUGAACGCGCUUCGGAUCUCUGCCCCGAGGACCAUCCAUGCCGCCCUGCAGCACUAUUUAAUCUAGCCACCGCCAAGUUUAUUCAUUGCCAAGCUAACGGAACAUACCUCGACCUCGAUAUACCUAUCAAUCUACUUCAAGACGCUCUUUAUUUACGUCCUACUGGUCAUCCAGAUCGACCCGUCACCCAGCUCCAUCUUGCCAUUGUUCUUCUGUCUUGCUUCAAGAAACGGAGAUUCGAGGGGGAUGCUCAUGCGGCUGCAGAGUUACUGAGCGACGUCCUCUUUAUCUGCCAUGCCGACAGCCACAUUCACAGAGCAGCUUUUCUUGCAUUCAAGACAUUCGCUCGGCAUCCGGCUGGAAACACUGCUGCAAAACAUAUUGAGCAGGAACGGCCUGCUGCAUCCAUGCUUCCGUUAUCGCCUACUCAAUUUGUUGAUCGAGCAAAGCAGUGUUUGCACAUAGAUGAUUCUCGUGCCUUAGAUGAAGUGAUAUCCCUCCAUUACAAUGCACUGGGAUACUACAAUGCCAUGCAUAAUUGCCGAGGGCAAUUGUUAUGCAAUCUGGGUACAAUGCUGCAUACUCGGUUCCAGCGUCAAGGCAAUGGAGAAGACUUGGAUCAGGCUAUCCCCCUUCUGAGUGAGGCACUGGCUUUGAGCCCCGUCGGUCAUACACAUCGGUCCUCGACAUUGAAUAAUCUUGCGGUUUCACUCUCCUCCCGCUUUGAUCACCAAGGCAACGACGAAGAUUUGGAUCAGGCCAUUGCACUUCUCAGGGAAGCGCUAGUUUUGUGCCCGGUCGGUCACACACAUUGGUCCGGGGCAUUAAAUAACCUUGCGACUCGCCUCUUCUCUCGAUUUCGUCACCGAGGCCAUGUUGAAGACCUGGAUGAGGCUAUUGCACUUCAGAGGGAAGCACUAGCUUUGCACCCAGUUGGUCACGCAGAUCGGUACAUGCCAUUGAAUAACCUUGCCACUCAACUCUCCUCCCGCUUUAAACACCGAGGCAAUGAUGAAGAUUUGGAUGAGACUAUUGCACUUUACAGGGAAGCGCUGGCGUUGUGCCCGGUCGGUCACACAGGCCGGUCUGUGCCAUUACAUAACCUUGCGAAUGGACUCUCUGCCCGCUUUGACCACCGAGGCAAUGACGAAGACUUGGACGAGGCUAUCUCGUUUCACAGGGAAGCGCUGGCUUUGUGCCCGGUCGCUUACAGACAAUGGUCUGGGGCAUUAAAUGACCUUGCGAAUCAACUCUCCACUCGCUUUGAGCACCGUGGCAAUGAUGAAGACUUAGAUGAGGCUAUUACACUCUACAGGGAAGCACUGGCUUUGCGUCCUGUCGGUCACACAGAUCGUCACAUAGAUCGACCCUUGUCAUUGACUUACCUUGCGAAUGCACUCUCUGACCACUUUCAUCACCGAGGAAAUGAUCAAGACUUGGAUGAGGCCAUUGCACUUCUCAGGGAAGCGCUAGUUUUGUGCCCGGUCGGUCACACAUAUCGGUCCUCAUCAUUGAAUACUCUUGCAGUCUCACUCUCCACCCGCUAUCAUCACCAAGGCAAUGAUGAAGACCUGGACGAGGCUGUUGUACUUCAGAGGGAAGCACUGGCGUUGCGCCCCAUCGGUCACACGCAUCGGUCCGCGGCAUUAAAUAACCUUGCGACUCAACUUUCCUCUCGCUUUGACCACAGAGGCAAUGACGAAGAUUUGGAUGAGACUAUCUCACUUUACAGAGAAGCGCUAGCUCUGCAACCUGUCGGUCACACACAUAGACCUGCAUCAUUAAAUAACCUUGCGAAUCAACUCUCCAUGCGCUUUCACCACCGAGACAAUAGCGAAGACUUGGACGAGGCUAUUACGCUUCACAACGAAGAGCUAGCUUUGUGCCCAGUUGGUCACACAGAUAGAUCCAUUGCAUUAGAUAGCCUUGCGAAUCGACUCUCCACCCGCUUUGAGCACCGAAGCAACGACAAAGACCUGGAUGACGCCAUUGUACUUCACAGGGAAGCGCUAGCUCUGCGCCCUGUCGGUCACGCAAAUCGGUCUGCGUCACUGAAUAAUCUUUCAGCUCGACUCUCCACCCGCUUUGAGCAGCAAGGCAAUGACAAGGACUUGGAUGAGGCCGUCACCCUUCUCAGGGAAGCACUAGUUUUGUGCCCAGUGGGUCACACAAAUCGGCCUGCAUCAUUACACAAUCUUGUGAAUCAACUCUCCACCCGCUUUCACCACCGACGCAAUGGAGAAGACCUCACCGAGUCACGAGAGAAUCUCCGCUGUGCAUUGACUCUGUUGACGGAACAUGAUCCUCGUCAAUUAGAAAUCCAUGCUUCGCUAGCUACGAUCUAUCUGUUGUUCCAUGAUGAUCAAUCAAGAAUUGACAGCACUAGCUCAGACGAAGAUACCGAUAAUCUGAAUACUGCCAUGACAUAUCUCAAGGCAGCAGUAAACGUCAUCCCUGGAGGCUUGCUUUCUCGCCUUACGCUCGCCGUGGAUGCUGCAUCGUGUGCUCUUCAUAGCGGUGACGUAUGUCGUGCUGUUGAGUUGUUGGAACAAGGCAGGACCAUCAUCUGGACCCAGAUGACACGACUCCGCACACCUCUUGAUAGCCUUCAGGAUCGCGGAGAUCAUACAGUAGCCCUAACAAAGAAAUUCAGAGACCUCAGCUCACUUCUUGAUAAACCUGCUGCAAGCCACCCGGAAGGCACCCCAAGAGUCAAUGUAGAAGCAGAAGAAACCCGGUAUAGACGUCUGGUGCAGGACUGGAAUGGAACUAUAGAAGAGAUCCGGAAGAUCAAUGGCUUCUCUCGCUUCCUACUUCCCCCCUUGUUCUCCAAUCUUCAAGAUGCAGCUCGUGAUGGGCCCAUCGUCGUACUCAUCGCAAGCGAAUCGUCCUGUAAUGCCAUUAUCAUCCCGCACCAGCAACCUCCCACUAGCAUUCAACUCCCUGCCAACUUCGAGAAACUCACCAGAUUGGUGCUCGCACUGCGAGAGGCAGUUCAAAAAGAUGCCGGUCCUAAAGGGAAGCAACCAGCGCUGAUAAAAGGUUUAAGGGAGUUGUGGGAGGUCGUCGUCCGCCCGGUGGUUGAGAAACUGGGCGGAUUUGCACGACGAGGUUCCCGGAUAUGGUGGUGCCCAACGUCCCUCUUCAAUUUCUUGCCGUUGCACGCUGCUGGCGAGUACAGGGCAAACGGAGAAUCCCUUUCACAGCAAUAUGUUUCUUCAUACACGCCAUCACUCACCGCGCUGGUGAGGGCUCGCAGAAGUCAUGACAAGUCGCUGUCGGUUUCUUUUGUCGCCAUUGGUCAGGAUUGCCCAGCCGGGGCCGAAUUCACUUUGGAUGCUGUGGAACCUGAGCUGGAAUUGGUGCGGAGUCUUUUGCCCCAAACGGUUUCCUUCACCAAGGUGACGAGCGUUGAUGCAACAAAAUCGAGAGCACUACACGCAUUGCGGGAUAAUACUUGGCUCCAUUUCGCGUGUCACGGGACACAGAAUUAUGACGAACCCUUCAAUUCGGCCUUUCUCAUGCGCGACCAACCGCUUUCCCUCCUCGAUAUCACCCAAAUGGAUCUCUCUCUGCAUUCAUUUGCAUUUCUUUCUGCCUGUGAAACCGCAGUCGGUGCCUUCAGUACGCCCGAUGAAGUGAUACAUCUAGCGGCUGGCCUGCAAUUUGCCGGGGUUAAGAGCGUCGUUGGGACAUUGUGGAAGGUUAAUGAUAAUACUGUGCAGCGCUUAGUCGAGGCGUUUUACAAAAACAUGUGCGGGGAUGGCACAAUGAAUUCCAAGCGAGCUGCCCGGGCGCUGCACCGAGCGGUCCAGUUGUUGGCUUGUGACAAGGACAUUCCCUUGGACCAGCGCAUAGUGUUCGUGCAUAUUGGCGUAUGA